AGUUCGCAUCCUGGCCUAUUAUACUUUUCUCAGAUUUUCCUGUCAACAGCUGUUCUUGGCAGAAUGAUUAUAUAUAUUUGAAGUUCUUCAAAAUCCUUACUACAGCUGGGAAAAAAGUUGCACUGGAUCACUAGAUAGAUCCACAAGGAGAUCGAGAAUAAAGUAGGAAGGGUCCCGGAUUGCAAGACGCUAUACACAACAGUAGUAGAAAUAAGGAUGAAAAUGCAAUGAUGCCUUGCCCAACCUGUGACCGCAGCUGUGUAUCAAGGAUUGGCCUAGCUCUUUAGUCACACAAGAAGUUGCUAAGGGAAAAGAUUGUCUCUCGAGACAUAAAAUGCCAUAACCCACAGAUAAAUACAUUAGCCAUCAAGGGCAGACUGGCUGUAUUGGCAUUUGGCCCACCGGAAGGGUCGCAUGAAUGCCAAGUUGAAGAUAAUCUACUUCCAAGUCCAAACUUCCCGUAGGAUGACAGGGGAUGGCAGUGGGCAUGGUAUGAACUCAGAAACAUUGAGAUGACAGAAAGGUAGUCCAACUUGAAUAUUGUACGACAAGGGACUCUAUAGAGUCUAGGUUUUAACUUGUAAUGGAUCGAGAACUAUCAGAAGCUCAACUUGUUGGUCAAGAAUCUUUAAGGAUUAACAUCCAGCUUGAUACACAGGAAUUAGAGUCAUCAGGUUUGGAGGAAGAGACAAGUGGUGUUAACGAAGGUGAAUACGAGACAGACCCAAAUCGAGCCUGGACUAAAUGUUUGAAAAAUCCUGGCCAUAAAAAUUUCAUACCUUUCAAACAUUUUUCUGUCACAGAUCUACCUCAACAAUAUCAGCAUCCAGAUAUUUUUAAUUUAAUCAAAUACUUAGGUAAUCUUGUAGUAAAAGUUAAUGUAGCAGUAACAAGUACAUCUCGACCGAAGUACAAGGAAAACAAACAGUAUCCUUGUUAUACUAACAAAGGUUUGAGAAUGGAAAGGUAUGGAAGUGGCAGAGUCUGGGAUGUUCAGAAAUUUGGUGAAGGUGAUAACAGAUUUUGCCAGUGCAAAAAAUGUCAAAGAUCAAGUUCACCCUUCAAAUGCUGGGGGGAAGUAAACAUCGUCACAGCGACCCAUGUAGUGUUUGACAAUCUGGAGGGCCAGUUUGCUGAAUGUUGGUGGAACUACAGCCACAAAGACAGCAAAUAUACAUGUUUAGAAGGUAUUGGUGUUGUCAACAGUAACAUUGAUACAGAUCUUUGCUAUUUUAGAUGUGUGACCCAUGACGUUCAACUAGUAGACCGGCUGAAAAUUGGAAUUGACAAGUAUAAUGAGCAAUGUGAGGUGGUCUAUCAAAAUUUUACUAAAAAUCUGGGCACUAAUGCAAAGUUGGUAGCCAUUGUCUCUCACCCACAUGGCAAUUACAGGCACGUUUCAGUUGGUGAGUGCAACCAGGUCAGCAAAACACCCAGUGGAGAGACCUGGUACAGCUACAACACUUGCACAUGUCCGGGUAGCAGUGGUGCACCAGUAUACCAUUUGGGCAAAGAGAAAGUAAGAUGGUCUAAUCAUCCCCAUAGUGGAACAGACAUGCCUGUCAAUUACAGCGGUGUGUGCUGGAACUAAUGUUCAGUUGCCUACUACGACUAGAGAUUUUAACACAAUUAUUCCAGUUGUACAUAUUGUUCAUGAGGUGCAGUGGUAAAUCACUUGGCUUCCAAACCAUUGGUUCCAGGUUCAAAUCCUGGUGAAGAUUCUGAGUCCAUCCAGCUCUAAUGGGUACCUGAACAUUAGUUUGGGAAAAGGAGGUUGGUCAUUGUGCUCGCCACAUGAGACUCUUGCUAACCGUGAGCCACAGAAACAGAUGACCUUUACAUCAUCUGCCCCAUAGAUUGCAAGGUCUGAAAGGGGAACUUUACGUUUUUUUUACAUAUUGUUCACUAAGAAAAAAAAAUUGAUAUAAGGAAAGAGGAGUGGCCAAACCAGUCAUCAUCAGGAAACACAUGCAGAGCUGUCAACAAACUUGACAGUAUUAACUUUCUCCCCCGCAAAGAGCAAUCAACAAUCUUCCAACUAAGAACAGGACACACACCUCUGUUAACAAAAUAAAUCCCACACACCUACCCUUUUGUAGUCACUGCGCCCACCCUUAUGAAACUGUAAACCAAAUCCUCUUUGAAUGCCCCUUCCUAAUCCACCUUAGGCAGAGCCUCCUAUGAUUUCAGCCCAAAAUAACCAACACCCUGUACAACAGUUCUAAACAACUAAAGAGAAUGGCACUCUAUUUUUCCAUGGCAAAGUUCUAUUUUACCUUGGCAAAGUCUGCAAAAGAGCUUAAAACUCAGCAGCAAAAGCUGGUUAGAAGAAGAAGCAAAAAUUCCUUAAUUUGUUGUAAAAUAUUACGUUUUUUGUAGAAUCUUUUUGUUACAUUGUUUUUUAUUGUCAUGUUAUUAUUAGAACUUAACAAUUUAUAAUUUCAUUCAAUAUAAAAGUUCUUAUUCCUUGAGCUAGAAUGCAUUAGUAUAAGUGAUCUCUCUUUUCUAGGAGCAAUUAGAGCGUGAAACUGGUUACCUGAAUCAGCCAGGAAAACCAGUUACUUUAAGACUCUUGUUAACAUAAAUGAUAGAUUAGCACAUGCUUAUUCCUAUGAGAUACAAAUUUUAUAUAAAUUACAAACCUUUUUCAACAAAAAAAAAAGGACAGGUAAGUAAAGUACCCUUCUAAGAGGAAGACGAUGUAAAGGUCAUCUUUUCUGUGACCCACCAUUAUUUAUGGUGCCAGUUGGCCAUCACGACCCACAGUUUUACUUUUCCCCAACUAAUGUCAGAUACCCUGUAUAGUUGGAUGAACUCUGGUGCACCCUAAAAAUACUGAAAUUCACAAAACCAUUUUCACCAGAAUUACAAAAACAUAUGUUUAUUUACUUUUAAAAAAUAUUCCUUUUUUUCAAUAACUAGAUCUCUGCACACAAAAUAUCCUUUUUCAGUAAAACCAAGAACCUCCACUUCAACAUGUUCCUACCCACCAGACAAACCCAGCCUGACUUUCUUUCUUACCCAUCAUUCUUAUUUUAAGACAAACUUUGACCUAUAUAUAUGUAUUUGUUACAAUAAACAUUGAUUGCCUUUUAUAAUUUUUUUACAAGGUUUUUAAAACAUGCGCUUUGUUGGCUUAGUUAAAAUAUUAUGUAUGCUAAUUAACAGAAUUAACUGUCAAAAUGCUUCCAUUGUCUUCUAGCUAUUUCUAUAAACAAAUUUGUCUUAAUUUACUACCUUGUUGCAUUUAAAAGUAACAUUUUUCUACACACUUGUAUUUUAAGCAUGCUUCUACAUAUAAAAUGUAUGGUUUUUAUUUUUCUUGAUACCAUUCGCUCACUAAAAAAAGGCCUAAUAUCUGCUAAAUUAAUUUUAAUUUUUUUGUAUUGAUGCAGUCAAAACUCAAAUGGUGAGUAAUCAUUUUACUUGUUGUAUUUGAUUUAAAGUUGCAUGCCCAUAAAUGUCCGUAAACUAUUGGUAAAUGAAAUAAUUGUGGGUCUAACAGUGAAUUAAAAUCUUAACUUCUAUUGUUUUUAUUUUAUGGGAAAAAUUGCUUUGAUAUACAAUAGUUUUUAUAAAUAUGUAUGGCAUUGCUUAAAAUGGCUUAGAUGUAUAAAUGUCUUUAUGUGUGAUGUUGUGUUGAAAAGUAGAUGCCAUUAAUACAUGUUUUGACUUAUAUGUGUUUUAGAUGAUAAUUAAAUGUGUGUGCAUGUAAGUUCUCAGUGAAAAAACAAAUUGUUGUUUUUAGUGACUUUAUAAUAGUUGAGCAUUGUAGUUAAUCAGUAACUUCCAAUAUGUGCCUUGUAUUGUACUGCUGAUAUCUGUGUGUAGCAUAAUGAAGGCUCAUGGAACUUCCACAAACUCUAUAUUUUAUUAACUUGUUUAUAUAAUUGUUGCGAAUCUGCUAUACAUGAGAUUUUGUAGCAUUUUUCUAAAUUGCUUCAUUAUUGAAUAAUAAAUUCUUGUAUAUAAAUUUAUAACUGUUUCAGGCAACUAUAGGUAAAUUUUAUAUUAGGCCUACUAUAUAUAUUGUAAAUAUUCUAAUCAUUUUUAGAUCUAAUAAUAAAUUAUUUUUUUUUUGUGAUUAUAUAGGUUUCCAGUGUAAUUUGUUAAUUCUUAUUAAUUAAGACACUAUUUAUUGUAAAAAAAUAUAAUAUUCAGAUUUAAAGUUGAAAUUUAGUUGUUGUGGCUUGUAGGGAAAAGAUGGAAAUAAAAAUAAACUUCCUAAAUUGGCAAAAGUAAAAAAAAACAUUUGGGCAGCUAAUAGAGAAAAACAUUCAUAAGCAAGCUUGAAAAGA